GGACAUUCCACGGUCUCCCGGAGACCAAGCUGAGGGCCUUAGGGGAAGGUCUUCCUCCUUGGCUGGAGGGAACAUGGCAGGGAUUAGAGGAGUCACCCUGUUCAUCCUGCUGCUGUCCUGCUGGCGAGAAGCCAGGCUCCAACCAGUAAAAAUAUUUUCAGGUCGCACCACUUUAACGCCAUCAAAUUUAAAAAUUCUGGAUGACAACGUGGCUGGAGUAUUUGAUGAAAUUCUAGUCCAAGAGAUCUUAGAUCCAAGUAAUUCAUCGUUGCUUAUAACACAAAGACCACCACCAAAAUCAACAGCGAGUAUGAGGAAAGAAAGUGUCCUCACUAAAAAAAGUGUUAAGACGGAUGUUCAUAAGGAACAUGGAAAGGAAGUCUCUUCUGGGAAUGAAGACAGGCUUUUCUUCAAUGAAGAGGAGAAAGAAACAAUAUUUCAGAUUAAAAGCCUAGCAGCUCUGGAAAAAAUCAUUGACAACCUUCGAAGAACUUUAGGCAAAAAUCUCAAGCAAAAAAUAAAGAAGCACAAAUAUUUGUUCAGAAAAACCAAACAGCUCAAGCAGAAGUUGGGCCUGAACUGAGAAGCCAAGACUGCCUCAGGGGACAGCCACACAUCCCCACCAGUAGGAAGGAAAGUAAAAUAUAAUCACUAUUUUGUAUAAAGAAGAAUCAAUUUAUUCAAGGAGUGCCAAAUAAAAUGAAC